UUAUUAUCCUUACUGCCAACCACCACUGCCAGCUACACGUGACAAACAGACGUACAGUAUAACAAUUAACAGUGGUGACAUCUACAGGGGAGCUUGUUCAUUACUAGAGAUAAACUGAGAGUCCAUAAAAAAACUAGUUCCUCAACUUACUCUCUGUAAAACUGUAACUUCCUUGAUAGCAAGGCUCGGGUACAAGAGCUGAGGCAAGUUCAAGGGUGGCACAUAACUCGGUGUAAUAAAACGCUUUCACACACACUGCCAGGAGCUACACUUAUAAGCAAUGGCAACAUCAAAUGGUGCAGGACUUAAGGAAAAGGUGGCCCUAAUAACAGGAGCCACCUCUGGUAUUGGGAGAGCAUGUGCAAUAGAUUUGGGGAAGGAGGGUUGCUUUGUGGCCUUAACAGGUCGCAAUGUUGCCGCCCUAGAAGAGGUCGCCAAACUCUGUCUUCAAGCAGGUGCACCAGAAGACAAGGUUCUGCAAAUAGAAGCCGAUUUGUCUAAAGAUGAGGAUUGUGAGCGAGUUGUUUCAUCCGCAGUGUCUCACUUUGGCCGGCUGGACAUCCUAGUGAAUAGUGCUGGAAUCCUUGCUGCGGGUGGCAUUGAAACUAUUAGUAUGGAGACUUAUGACAGUCAGAUGAACAUAAACACUCGUUCAGUAUUCCUGUUGAUGAAGCUGGCCCUGCCUCACAUACUGCAGACCAAGGGAAAUAUUGUUAACAUAUCAUCUGUAACAGGAUUGAGAGCAUUCCCAGGAGUUAUAGCAUACAAUAUGAGCAAGGCUGCAGUUGAUCAAUUAACCCGUAGUGUUGCACUAGAGGUGGCUAGUCGGGGGGUUCGUGUCAACGCUGUCAAUCCUGGAGUAAUAGUCUCUGAAGUCCAUAAGAGGGCAGGAUUGAGUGAUGAAGCCUAUGCAAAAUUCCUUGAACAUGGUAAAACUACACAUGCCAUGGGACGGUUCGGAGAGGUGGAGGAAGUAUCGAGGGCAGUGGUGUUCUUAGCAUCUGACAAUGCUACGUUCAUCACCGGAGCCACUCUGCCCAUUGAUGGAGGUCGCUCUAUUAUGUGUCCUCGUUAAAGCUGGCAGUAACUAGAAGAUGAAUUUCGUUAUUUUAAGAUUUUAUGAAGGUUAGUUACCAUAAUAUCAUUAAAAUGUACAGUACUA